AUGAUUGAGGUGAUCCUGAAUGACCGCUUGGGACGCAAAAUCCGCGUCAAAUGCAACCCUGAUGAUACAGUCGGCGAUUUAAAGAAGCUGGUUGCUGCUCAAUGCGGAACUCGCGAGGACAAGAUUCGCAUUCAGAAAUGGUAUACAGUGUACAAGGAUCACAUUACUCUUGAGGACUACGAGAUUCAUGACGGCAUGGGCUUGGAACUGUAUUACAAUUAA